UUCCCUGCUCGCGGCGGCGGCGCCGCGCCUGGCGGCUGAGGGGGCGGCCCUGGGCAGCUCUCCGCCUGGACGGCUCGGCCGUAGCGGCUCUCCAGCUCCGGAGCGGGGUCUGGGGUUCGUGGGAGAAGGGCGUGUGGGCUCCCCGCAGCCUGCGGGAGCUGGAGGUCGGGUGUGUGUUGUGGGGAUGGCGAAGUGGAGCUCGGAAAGCGUUCUGUAGGGGCGGCGGUCCCUGUGGCUGCAGGGGAAGCUCGGGGAUCGUAACAGGCAGCCAAGGGACUCCCGCUGCCCAGGGCGCUCGGCUCGGCGCUCGGAGACCCCAGCGCUGGAAGGGCCGGAGCGGCGCAAACCCGCAGCUUGGUUCGGCGGCAUCCCGUUGCCAGCACGUAGGAGAAGGCCAGCUCGCAGAUUCUGCAGUCGUACAACCGGGCCACCGACCUAAAGGGACUACCGAGGCCAAGCAGAGGUAUUGAUGCGGGACUUGCACCCAGCAGCCAUCGCGGAGGGACGAGGACUUCGGCUCGGGACAGCCGGUUGUGACUCUGCCGUGCCUGUAGCUGGUGACAGCCAUGUCAGCCCGAAAGGACAGAUGGAUUUCUUCCUUCUCUUUCCUGCUCUUCUGUGCUUCCUGCAUCCCAACACAUGGCAGUGUGAGCCAGCUGCAGGAGCUGAGCCCCCAGCAGUAUUUCAGCAGCUUGCAAGCAGGCCGAGCAUCCCUGGCUUAUUUCAUCCCUAACGUUUCUCCUGGGCCCCAGCCCUUCUUGGAGCAGAUUGAGAACUCAGCGGAAGCCCUCCAGGACUAUGGCAUUUCCGUGGUGAAGGUUAAUUGUCCCAAAGAGGACAUCUCGAGAUACUGUGGAAAUGAAAAUGCAUUAAGGACAGCCUACCUGUUCAGGGGGAGCGUGUUGAUCAGAGAGUUCCCCACCGAUGCCUUGUUUGAUGUGAACUCCGUUGUUGCCAACGUUUUGUUUGCCCUGCUCUUCAAUGAAGUUAAAUACGUGGAAACACUGGCAGAUCUUCAGAACAUUGAAAAUGCAUUGAAAGGGAGGUCAAACAUGGUUUUUGCCUAUGUACCAGCUACUGGGACAGCAGAGCACAGAGCUGUGAUGGAGGCAGCUUUUGUCUAUGGGACUGUCCACCAGUUUGUUCUGACAACUGAGGCAACGCUGCUGGGAGACACUGGCAAUGCUAAGCCUGAGGCAUCAUCUGCCCGGCUGUUGUUCUGCCACUGCCAGCAGGCCACAGACCUGGCACAGCCCUGCAGGAGGACGGCCAUGGGGCAGGCUCUGACCAGGCUCAACAUCCACAGGCACCUCAAGCUCAUGGGGGCUCCUCUGGUGACAGAGGUUGCUGAGGAUCCAGAGAAGGUUUCCACUGUUCACUUACAGCUUGGGCUACCACUUGUGUUCAUCCUCAGCCAGAAAGAGACCUACGAGGCUGACAGGAGAACAGCAGAAUUUGUGGCCUGGCAGCUCUUGGGGAAAGCAGGAGUUGCCCUUUUGUCCAGGGACCUCGUGGGUUUGAACAUUCUCCUCCGGUCCAACGUCGCUCUCAAGAUGCCAGAUGAGGGAGUGCCAAUCAAAUACUUGGUCUUGGAAGAUACUGAUGAAGUUAUAACCCUCGUGGAAGAUAAGAACAAGGUUGAAGAAAUCCAGGACAAGGGGGAGGAGGAGGAGGAGGAGGAGGAGGAGGAGGAAGACGAGGAUGAAAAAGAGAACAACAACCAAGACAUUCAGGAUGAUCAAGUGGUGGAAGCAGUUUGCAGGGACAAGAAGCGAGAGCUGUCCCUGGAGCAAAUCCGUGUCCUGACAGAGGAGAAUUUCCACUCUGCUCUCUUGGAGACUUCCCGGACUGUGGUCCUCUUUUAUGCCAGCUGGGAGGCAGUGUCCCUGGCAGUGCUACAGUCUUACACUGAGGUGGCCGAUCACCUGAAAGGAACUCAGGGAGUUUUGCUCUCUCGGGUGAACUGCUGGGACUGGCCUGGCGUUUGCACAAAGGAGAAUGUCACUGAGUUUCCUACCAUCAAGAUUUAUGAGAAGGGAGAGAGAUCAGUGCUGUACAAUGGCAUGUGGGGAGCUGAAGAACUGACCAGCUUCAUCAUGCUGAGCCGAGUUUCCUGCCCUCUGAAGCUGGCCACGAUUGAUGAAGCAGAAGGGUAUUUAAGAGGAGAGUUUCCACCUGAGCUGUCAUCCUAUCACCACAUUUCAUUUCUAGGGGUAUUUAACAGAGCCACGAGUGAAGCUAGGGAAGCUUUCGAAGAGGCAGGAAACAUCUUGAGUGGCCACGUAACGAUGGGGAUGUAUUUUGAAGAUGAUGCUUUGGCUUUAUCCCGUAAAUAUGCAGUGUCUCCCCCAGCCCUACUUCUUUCCAGAAGUGGAAGCCAGAGUGUGGAAGGCCUGUCUUUGUCCAAACAGAGCUCACAGGACAUGGUGCAGAUGAUCAGAUAUGAAUUGCUGGACAUUUUUCCAGAAAUCACCGUGCAAAAUCUGCCCCUCUACCUGCAACUCAGAAAGCCUUUCCUCAUCUUGUUCAGCGAUGGUGACAUCAGUCAAAUGGAAAGCAAGGAAAUGCUGAAGCUGGCAAAAGGAAGAGCCCAGCAAGUGUUUGUGGCUUGCUGGUUGAACUUGAAGAAGACCCCGGUGGGUCGCGGGGUGCUGAAGGCUUACUUUGCCAGUGUGCCUUCGCUGCCUGUUCUCACCUGGGUGAACCUUCAUGAUGGGGGUCAGGUAUUCAAGUUCCCAUCAGAGCAGUCCCUCACUGAAACCAACAUCUUGUCUUGGCUGGAGAAGCUGAAAGCAGGCCUGGAGAUUCCCAGCAGUGUCCUGUCUGAGGAAGACUGGAAACCACCUCUCCCUGCUUACGACUUCCUCCAGAUGAUGGAGAUGGCAGCGCCUGAGCCGCCCCUCCACAGCUCCCCUCCCCACAGGGACACAGCAGCACAGCUCCCACCACAGAGCCCAGGAGGGGACAACCCCCUCCAGGAGGAGCCUUCCCAGGACACCAAGGCCGAGAAAGUCGCGUCCCCCGGGAGGGACCUGCGAGGCACAGCCCCGAGGCUGUCAGCGAGGGAGAAGCAGGGCAAGAGACACAGCGAGCUCUGAGAGAGGGGCAGCGAGAGGUGUGGCAUGCUGCCCACCACACCUUCUCACCUUCCCACCCCUCCGUGGAGCCUUUAUGACGAGAAGUGCUUUUAGCUGUAAAUUAAGGGUGAGGGGGUAAACCGGCCCCUAAGUCUGGUGCAGCGCGUUGGUGGUGGCGCAGCGGCGGUUGCACCGGAACGAUGUUGGUCCGGCACUCACCGUACCGCCACCGCCCGCUGCUGGGACUGCAUCUCGCUGCCUGCAGCCGGAGCCUGUCGCAGCGACGUUGCUGCGAGGGAGCUCGGCCCGCCGCAGAGCUGAGGGACGGAUAGCGACGAGCUCACGGCGCGCUGGAGGCUGCAAAAGCCCAGUCAGCACGGCCCGGCUCUUUAGUGCGCACAUAGGCACUGCGGUUCCUCCCGAAGCAGGAAGAGGUGAGGAUAACCAAAGGUCAUUUCUUUCCCCUCCUGGUCGCAGUAGCAGCUCUACAGCUGCGUGCCAGCAGGAGCUGCUCUCAGAAGGCGGUUCCAGCAGCGCCCUGGCCAUGUGGAGCUGGGAGGGCAAGUGUGCCACCUGCCCCAGGGCUGCUCCCGCUGGCACCCACUCCUCUUCACACCUGACCCCAGAGCCCAGCUCCUGAGUGUGUUCGUCCUCGAGGGGAAGAGGAGCAUCUGGUGAAAGCAGUUUUAUUACAGGGCCAGAGCUCGGGGCAUCACAACAGCUGCAAAUAGCUGGGAUGUAAAUCUGCCAGCAAAUCCCAGCGGAAGGCAGGUUGGAGAAUGGCUUUGCUCAGUGCUGGCAUUUUCUUGGUAAAGAGCCCAGGGGGGUUAUUUGCAGCCUCAGUUUUUCUUUGCUGUCUGCGACAGGAGUGAGGUUGUUGCCUCUUGAGCAGGGAGUGAAGGCAACAGAAAGCUCAGGGCUUGAGAAACGGGAGAGAGAUGAAGGGCAAGGCUGGCAGUGUUGGGAACAGGCCCUUCUGAGGUGCUGUGGAGCUGCUUCAUAUCCCUGUCCAAAUGGGGAGGUGAAGGACCUGCAGAAGUGACCUCUGUCCAUCUUCUGAGGACAACAAAAGCUCUGUUGUUCCUUGCUGGAGAACCUGAGCUGCAGGCUAGUGUGGGAUGUAGGCUGGGGAGACCUGGGUGUUUGGAGGGAAGCUUUGUCUACUCCCACCUGUGCCAUGAUGGUCUUCCAACCCCCUGCAAUAAACAUCUGCUCCCUCUCAUAGCACCACUGAGAUAUGGCCAGAGGGACAGAUCCUCUUCCUUAUACCACUGAAGUUACAGGGGAGAGGAAAAAUUGAUGGUAAGGAACUGCUGAGAGCAUUGUAAAGUCUGCUUCUCAUCUGCAAGAAGCCCACAUGGUUGGGAGUAUUUUGAAAUGCCCAGAAAUAGACCAUUAGUGCUGGGAUCUCCUUGAAGCUCUUAAUUGAAACUGACCAUUUUUUGGACUUAAUGACAGGCUUUGAGCCAAAAUGUAUAUAUUUAAAGUAAUAAACUGUAGCAUGCAGA